AUGGCCUCUAUCCCUAACCUUGUAUUCGGUGGAGCGACCAUCACUGCCGAGGAUGGAAGCUUUUCGAACGCCGCAGAAGUUUCAAGUCUAUUUGAGACCCUCAAAACUGAAGGAAUCACUCAACUUGACACUGCGCAGUCCUACGGUGGUGGUACCAGUGAGCAACUCAUUGGCCAGGGCGAGGGAUUAUCAGACUUCCUUGUUGAUACCAAGCAUGUCGGAGGAUUUGCUCCAGGAAGCUCAUCUCGAAAAGAGAUUUUUGAGCGAGCGAUCGCCAGCCUGGAAAGACUGGGAGUUGAGAAAGUGAACAACUUCUAUAUCCAUGCCCCCGAUCCAAAGGUGCCUCUUGAGGAAACUCUUGCCGGGAUCAACGAUCUCUACGAAGCAGGAAAAUUUAACAACUUUGGGCUGUCCAACUUCAACGCCGACGAAAUCAAAGAUGUUCUGCGUGUGGCAACUAAGCAUAGUUACAUUCUUCCUAAGGUCUACCAGGGAAACUACAGCGCGAUUGCCCGCCAGCUGGAUAAUGAUAUCCUGCCCACUCUGCGCGAUAAUGGGAUUGCUUUCUACGCCUAUAGUCCCAUAGCAGGCGGAUUUCUCACCAAAACCACGGCCCAGUUGACUUCCGGUACCAAGGGAGAGGGCCGUUGGGACCCGAAGUCACCGCUGGGCUCAUUCUAUCACGCUAUAUACGGAAAACCCGCUUUCUUUGAAGCAUUGGACAAGUGGAAUGCCAUUUCCGAGGCGGCCGGGAUCUCCAAGGCCGCGCUUGCAUAUCGAUGGGUGGCGUUCCAUUCGGCUCUUGAUGCACGACUUGGGGACGUACUGGUCAUUGGAGCUAGCAGUCUAACCCAGGUAAAACAGACUGUUGCUGCACUUAAAGCUGGACCUCUGCCUAAUGAGGUGGCAGCGCAGAUCUCGGGCUUGUGGGACAUUGUGAAGAACGAUGCGGUUGUGAAUAACUUUGAUGUCCUUAGAUCAACCUAG